AUGGGUCAAAAGAACUUAUUCGUGACAGACUCACCACCAUCUUGGCAACCUCCCAGUUCUGUCGAGACCCGGUCGUUACCCUCUGCUGGUGAUCCCAGUCAUAUUCAUCUCCAUGAUUUAAUAACCUGGAGCCUGGAAAUACUCGCAUCAAGUGGUUGCGUUAUAGACACUCUCUAUACUGAUGCAAGUGACUGUACUAAAUUUUACAUGUGUUCUCCUUUUGGCCUACAAUCCUUCAACUGUCCCACAGGCUUGCAUUUUAAUCCUUUUACAAAUUAUUGCGACUGGCCUAAUGUAGCAGGAUGCACAGCGGUUACUAUUGAAGAGACUUUACCAACAUCAACAGACAAAAAUUUGUUUAGUGACGCAGAUGAACCACGUGAAACUGAAAAUGAACAUGUUAAUUCAAUAUUGUCAGCAAAUGAGAAAUUGAUAGUUAACGAUACAGAGGAUCAGUUAUUAGAAGAAACAACAGAAAAAUCCAAAAUUACUUAUGAUAUUAUCUUUGAAUAUGCUACAACACUUGAUGGAGAUUUUAAUAAAGAAGAUAACAAAACUCAUUAUUUGAAUUCACAUAAUACAGAAGAAAUUGUAACAGAUACUCAUUUAACAAAUGAAAUGUUUACAGAUAAUUCCAUAAUCAAGACCACAGAACAAAACACUGAUGAUUUUUCUAGAAGUUUUAUUAGUAAUUCCAAAGAGUAUUCUACUACUUCAGCAAAACAUAACUUAAGAACUAGUAAGAUUCCUGGAACAGGUCUAAAUUUGAAAGAUAUUAAUUCUGAGCUAUAUUCCACAUCUGAUAUUUUUAAGUCAUCAAGUGAAGUUACUACUGGGAAUAAUUAUUUUUCCCGUGAGAAGGUAACCAACCAGUAUUUAAAAACUACAACGAAUUCUGAAAUAGUGCCUGAAAUAAAUGAAAACUGUCUUACAAUUUUUACAAAUUUGCAAGAAGUAGGAUAUAGUAGGGAAUCUUCAGUUGCAGCAGAUAUCUCUUCUCACACGGAUGCAUCUUUAACAAAUACAGUAGUUUCUGAAGAAGAAAUACACCUAAAUACUUCUUCUAUACUAUUAAGUAGUAAUAAUGCGCACUCCCAGAAUUUCAAGGAAACAACAUUAAGCGUUCUGGAAAGUUCUUCUAAUUCAAUAGAUGAAGGAAAUGACAGUAUUAUGUUCUCUGUACAGACAUCUGUUACAUCGCAGAAUGUACCUGUUACCGAUAAAUUCACAGACGCAAUGAAUAUAAAUAAAUUUAACUCUGAAAGUCCACCAAAUGGAUUUGUUUCUUCAUUAUAUUCAACCAUUUCAGAUGAACCUACAAUUAUCCACAAAGAAACUGAAAUUUCUUCUCCUAAUACAAAAGAAUAUGUUACAGUAAGAAACGAAAACUAUGAUGACAUUACUAAUUCAAAUGCACAUUUCUUUACCAAAGAAGAUCUUUCGAUAUUAGUAGACGAGUCACCAACAGUAAAUGGUCUAGAUAAUCCUACAACCUUAUCAGGAAUCUUUAAUUCACUGAAAAAUAAUUCUACCAUUCCUGAUUUGUCUCAAGUCAUUACCACUGGUGAAUACUCUUUACCAACGCAAACUAUAACAAUAACAGAAAAACUUAAAGAAGUUUCUUCUAAUACGGAGCAAUAUAUUACAACAAUUACCGAAAAUUAUGCUGUAAAUCAAUACGAUAAUACAUACAAAGAUUUAAUAAAUGACAAAUCUACAAUGUCAGUUGAAGUAGAUGCAGAAGCUUUAACAGCAAUAUCAGAAUCUACUGCAUUAUCUAAUGGCACACCUUCUACGCCUCAUGAGGCUAUAAAAACAACGGAAAAUAUUUAUGAAGGUCAAUAUGACUUAGCUUCUUCUAAUCCGCAAGAUUUGAUUAAAAAUAUGUCACAUACACGAAUUGAUUCCACAACUUUAACAACAGACAUCUCCCAUUCAACUUCCAAUUUGAAUAUAAAAGUAAAUGAAAAGGAUUCCUUUACAUUGCAAACAAACAGUUCUGAUAAUUUUGAUUUACCUAAAACAACUGUAACUAAUUUAGAAGAUCCUAAAAUUACGUUUUUAAAUGAAAAAAGUUCCACUUCUUCCACUACGCAACCACAUUUGAUCAAUACCAAAGAACAAGAAUAUGAUAUUAUGACUCCUAAAUUAACAUCCUCAGUCACUAAAGAUGACUUAAUGCCAAAUCAGUUCACCGAAUAUGAUUCUUCCAUUUUAUAUCCAAAUGUUCCUGAUGUGUCUACUACAGAAACUAUUUUUGUACAACUACUUACACAACAAAGCGAUACAAUUGCUAGUGGACAGUUUACGACAACCCAAACUAAUCAUCAAAGUUCAGAAGUUUUACAUACAAACAUGGAAGAAUCCUCAGUGUCGACAGCUAUUCCGAUAAUUCAACACAUUUUGUCGACAGUUCAAGAAACUGUACAAAAAACUGAUAGCGAGAGAAGUACAGAUGUUCCUAAUUAUCAAGGUUCUUCCAAAAUGCAUGAAAUACUGACUGAAAAAACGUUAAAUAAAGAAAAUAUUUACGUUAUAUGGGAGGAAAUUAAUACCAUAUCAGGAGGAGAAAUCUUUGUCACCACUGAAAAAUCUUCAAUAUUAAAGAAUGAAACUACAAAACCUAUUGAAGAUAUAAAAACUGAAACAAAAAACGAUGAAACUUUAUUAGAAGAAAUAGUUAAUACAUAUCAUACUAAGAUGAUUACUGAAACUACCGAAACAGUAAGCAGGCAAUCUACUGAUUCUGCAUUAGAAUCAUAUUUUAAGGAUGAUUCAGUUUCUAUUCAAGACACAACUGGUUCUUAUAUUUCUGAAUUAGAAAUCUUAAAAAAUCAAUUAAACAAGUACACCGUAGCGGACAUAAUAUAUGAUAAAAAUAAUGACACUUUUGCUACAGAAUCAACAACAACAAAUACAAAUCAUCAAACAGAACCCACAGCAACCUUAAAUACUGAUGUAUUAAGAGAUACAAUCAACGAUGUGUUAUCCAGUGUUACAGCCCUCGAAGAAAGAUCCACACAAACACCGAAUAAUGUUACAACUUCCAGUAACAAUGAAUCAAACAUUCAAAUACAGGAGAUGAAAAUGUCUUCCAUAACGGAUGGAGCUUUACUGUCAAGUGAAGUUUUAACCUCCAAUGAAAGUGCUGAAGAGACAUCAAAUACUGAAAGUAGUUAUCCGAAAACUUUAUUUACAGAAAAACUUUAUAGUUCAGACUUAGACCAAGUAGAUUCCUUUGAUUUAUAUGCAACGACUGAAAAGGAAAUUGGUACUGCUGCUGAAAGUAUUUUUACAAAUAAUAUCUCAGAAACAAAUAUAUCAAGUAGCGACCGAACAGAUUUCUCUACAAACAUAAACGAAUUACAAACCGAUAGCACCGAGUUUUCUACUAUACAAAAUGUAGAAUUUCCUUUGGAAGAAAUAACAGACACAAAAGAUAUUAGCUCACUCAAUCUUCACAUCCAAAUGGCACCUACUACUCAACAUGAUAAAAUUAAGGAUUUUAGUGAAACUGACGAUGGCAAAAAAUAUGGUAAUAAUGAUAAAUAUGAUUAUGGUGGUGAAUAUGACAAUGAGGAAGAGAGUUUAUACAAUAACAAGAAACAUCAGGAUGAUAAAGAUAAUGAUGAUGGUCAUGAUGAACAUCAUGAUGAUGAUAAUGAUGAUGACGAUGAUGAUGGUGAUUCUGAUGAUGAUGAUGAUAAUGAUGAUGCUGAUGAUGAUGGUGAUGCUGGAAGUGCCUAA